CGCUGAUUGGAACUAGGUGGAUUAGACCGUUUACCAAAGUGAAUACUACCGAUCCCUCUCCAUAUUUAGCGACCGACUAACUGUCGCUAUUGCUUAAUUGUAGCCCCGGGCCGCCGUUUCUGCAGAAUCGUCACAUUCAGGCUUGCUAAUCCUCGGUGCAUCUGUCCACGGCAAUGCUGCAAAAUGACAUUCGCCGUUUGAAAUGAUCCUUCUUUUGUUCCUGCGAUCAUUCCAUCAAGCUUCAAGCAGCGUUGAUCAUGGCAGAUGGUGCUAGGUCGAGCCAGGAGAAAGAGGACAAAGAUCAAUAUGGCGUCGUUGAACCCGGGAGAAAAAAUGCACGAAAGAAAAUUCGACCCACAUAUUCGUGUUUGCAAUGCCAUAAACGCAAAGUCAAGUGUGAUAGAGUCAAGCCAUGUGGCGCCUGCUGUCUGCGGGGAACGCCAUCCGAGUGUGAAUAUGGCAACAGCAAGCAGGACCGCCAUUUUAUUGAGCAGUCUACUGUCAUUGAGAAUCUUUUGCAAUCCUGCGAAACGCUGAAGCACGAACUCGAGGAGACCCGGAGGCAAGCGAACUGCCCUCCCGUCAAGCAGGAGGACAUACCGUUGCCUCAUAAUGUAGACUCGUUUGAUGCCGAAAGCUCCGGCAAACCCGGCGAACGGAAAGCGCUUGUUCAUUCUGGCACGCAGACAGAUUCGCGAGGCCAUUCUUUGCCGUCUAGUCCGGUCAGGCUAACGAGCAGCGGUGCAAUAUCGCCAAAAAUGGACUUGCAGAAAGAGAAGAAGAAUUUAUCAAACCCGACCCUGGCCCGCGCACUCAUGGAAUUGUUUAUUGAACGACUGAUCGGAGAAUUCAGUCCCCCGAAUGCAUCCAACUUCGGUGGUACAAUCCGGCUACGCCAGGCGGCCGAAAUGCGAGUCUUUUCUCCCAUGCUCUGCAACGCAUUCGAGGCAGCCUCCUUAACGUUCGCCGGGAAUCGUCAGCAAAAUCGGUCCCUGGAGAUGGUCGGACAUGCUCGGUAUAUCAGGGUGUUGGGACAGCUUCAAAGUGCGCUUUACCAUCCCGAGAAAAGUCAGGCAACCGACGCUCUAGCCGUAGUGCUUUUGUCGACGAUAAUCGAGGCUUUCAAACAAAGUUCCAAGGACUCCAUUCUGAAACAUCAGCUGGGAGGUCUUCAGCUCCUGCGGUCACGAACGCCUUAUCGGCAUAGAUAUGGACUUGAGCGAUCGCUUUUCGUCGAUCUCCGGCUUUACUGGGUCACAGCCGCUAUAGCUCUACGAAAACCGACCUUUCUGGCUUCGCGGGAGUGGCUGACUGUCCCCUGGCUGGGUGACGGUGCCCCGAAGGAUAUUUUACAUCGAGUGUUAGACAUCGCUGUGGAUAUCCCUGAAUAUCUCUCGGAAGUGGAUAGCUUUACGUCCAUGUUGAAGAACGCCACUACGUCAGCCGAGCUAAUCUCAUUGCAAACCACAAUCUGGGACAAGGCUACCGAGAUUGAAGGCCGACUACAGCUAUGGGAAAGCACACAUGUCCGAACGUAUCCCAACGGGGGUCCAUGGGAAGCACUUGAACCAAUUGCCGUAGCGAACUUCCCUGUGUUCAAAUGUCGUGAUCCAAGCAGCCUCGAGAUCUUCACUCCGCGGGACCUAGUCUAUCCGGACCUUCUUCUCGCCACAUCGAUGAACUUCUUUUGGGCCAUGCGCCUCAUGAUCUCAUCCACAGACGGCGGUCUACCCAGCGUAUUGACCAUGCAAGACCGCUACGAAUCGGCCUGCAACAUCUGUCGCAGCAUGAAAUACUACAUCCAAAACAUCCCGGGAUCGCUCGUAUCUCGCAUGAUCUUUGUCCUCCAAACCGCUUACGAAAGCUUCGCCGAAGGCACAAUCGAAAAGCAGUUCGUCAAGGACCUUUUCCUCUUUAUAGACACGAAAUUCAACAUCCGCUUUCAUGCUCUUCCUUUUGCUUGAUAGCAGAGGGGAGGCUUCUUUUGUUUUACUAUCUCGUUUCGCCACGAAGUCAUGAGAUGCAUAGUCGGAGUUUCUUGUGUUCUUGUGUUCUUAGAAAAUUGCAUAUUGGAUGACUAUGUGGAAGUAGUGGCAUAAUAUGUAUUUGGAGUUUGCUCAUUCUGGGUAUAUAUAUAUCAACCAGCAAAAUGUCAUUUUUACAAAGUAAACCUCAUGAACGUAU